CAAUUUUAAAUAUCGACUGGCACGAUAUUUUAUCUUUCUUAUACUUUGACGAAUUCUUUCACGAAAGUUAAACUAAAACGUCGUUUUAUUUAAUAGUUUUUUUGCAUUUACAUAACAGUACAAUGUAGAGGCAUGGGUAUACAUGAAAGAAUACGCGCAUAUACAAAUUCUCUAACCUUUCUGCUCUUGUUCCUACUUUUCAAACUUCGUAUUGGCAUUCUGCUUGGUUCACGAUCACGUCUACAUACACGAUGAGAUUUGCGUUUCUGCUUCUUUCGAUUGACAUUAGAUAGCUCAGUUAAUAUUGCAUGUUUCUUGAUGAAAGUUCACUCAUAAAAGAUCUCUCACAAGGUUCGCGAACCGACCCGUUCCGAAAACGCUCGAAAUCUUUUAGUGUGGGUCAACCGCGAACGCUGUGUGCAUAUUUUGCACACAUUUUCAGCGUAUUAUACACAGUAUCUGUGUUGAUUUUUCACCCCGAAUGCUUCUCUUCUUUCACCAUUACACCAUGCCAUGCCAUUGAUCCUUAUCAUGCACAAAACUUCGCGCAGGCGUGUUUAAAAUUUAACUGCGAUUUACAUCUGAACGAAGCUAAGAACGAAGCCGAAACCCGAGUAAUAACACAUUGAAACUCUUCAAAGGUUACACUUGGAAAUCUGAAUAGGGUGGAGAGGGUGAGGGCUUAUUAGGUGACUGGUCCCUCCGCUAAGUCACGUUUUAUGCAUGAUAAGCGAUGUGACUUGUCAACUGCACCCAGCUCUCAACUUAUUCAGCUAGAUAUGGAUGUUCAACAGCUGUUUACAAAUCUCAAGAAGGAAGCCGAGUGUCCGCUGUGUCUAGAAACAGUCAAAGAUCCCAAGACACUGCCAUGUCUACACUCAUUCUGUCUGCAGUGUAUCGACAAGCACGCAGGAUAUGCAAAGAGAAAGUUAGAAACGACGAUCAAAUGUCCAGUUUGUCAGGCUUGCUUUCAGAUCCCUGAAGGAGACACGUUUGGCAGCCUUCCCACAUCUUUUCAUCUCAACCGACUGGUGGAUCUCCUCGCUCUGAGAGAUGGCAGCGAAGAGGCUCAGACAUGCAACAGUUGUGAAGAAAACAACACGGCAACUUGCUAUUGCUUUGUUUGCCAGAACUUUCUUUGCAAGGAUUGUUUUGAUGCUCAUCAGCGCCUGAAGGCCACAAGAGGUCAUCGCAAUGUUUUUAUCAAAAACUUGCAAGCGCAAGAUGUGGAGGAGUUGAUGCACAGACCCGCCAUGUGUGCAAAGAAAUAUCACGAGAAUGAACCGCUUGAUUAUUACUGUCAUGACUGUAGCAUUUGUAUUUGCCACAAGUGCAGUAUAGUAAGUCAUAAUCGACCCACACAGGAUAUUGAGGUAUGUAAACCUCAACGUGUAGUCUAUUGUGUAGAUGUGGAAGCUAUGAAUACUCUUAGAGGCUUGGUCCCGGGUCAAGUAUUCGAGACUAACACGGAUCCUUCACAGUCAUCAGCAGAAGGAAGAGGUUUAAUCGAGGCUGAAGCAGGCACUGAAAAUAACUUUACAGUCACUACGCGAGAUUCAAAGGGAACUCAGUGUUAUUAUGAACAAGACCAACUGACUGUAAUAGUCCGCUCUCAAAAAGGAGAAGAGGAGGAAACGAAAAUUGACGACUGUAAGAAUGGAACCUACGUAGUGCGUUACAAGCCAAAGAGUGUUGGCUUACGUGACAUUUCUGUUGUGGUGAAUGGCCAACCGCUAACUGGUAGUCCUUGGAGAGUUGAGGCGACUAAUCAUCGGUACAAAGUUAUUCAUUCAUUUAGAUUACAUGGGACAGAACCUGUAGAAUUUAAAGGACAAGUUAGCAUUGCAGUGAAUAAAAGAAAUGAAAAGAUUGCUAUAGCAGAUUUUAAUAAUCACAGAGUUGUGUUGUUUGAUGAAGAGUGGAAAUAUCUGAGAACAAUAGGAGACAAAGAGCUUAAUGCUCAGAGAAUCAAGUUUCCUCGUUUUGUGGAAUUUACAACAUCUGAUGAAAUCAUUGUCAUUGACGGAAAAUAUUUUCAACCGAGUAAGAUGUUUUUGUUCACUGAACAUGGAAACUUCAUCAGAGUCAUCGGUCAGCGUUUGAUAAGUCCUUUGUCCGUAUCUGUCAGAGAUGAUGGUCACAUGAUCGUGUGUGACUCGGGCGACAACUCAGUCAAGAUCCUCUCCCCUGACGGUACAGGAUUAGUACAGUCCUUCAAAGGACCUCACGCUUCUCAUUACCCGGCUUCUGCUGUUUAUCAUGAGAACAAGUUUUUUGUCUUAUAUCACCCAUGUUACUAUGUUAAAGUGUUCAACAAUGAAGGACUUUAUCUGUAUGAUAUUGCCAUGAAGCAUGCUUUUGGAUCACUUAGAAACAGCCUCACCAUCGACGCGUUUAACAACCUGGUCGUGUGUGACAAUAGUAGCAGCAGCGUUCAUGUGUUUUCUUUGGAUGGAAAAUAUAUUAAUUCGCUUAAAAAAAGAAUUGUUUCUCCCUGGUCCGUCGCUACUUUUGGAGAUAACAAGUUGUUGGUUUUCGAUAAUAUAGACAAUCUAAUCUAUGUUUUGCAGUAGAAAGUGAACAUUACUCGGAAGUUAUUCUGAUGCAACUCUUUCAAUGUGAUCGUUAUUUUGCUAUUUUCGUUGUAAGUUAUGACCCUUUUUUUAACAGCGGUCGAAUUAUUCCUCGUCGGCUCCGAAUAAAUAGCAAUAUUGGAAAUUGGACUUUGCAAUUUUGAAGACAGCUUUGUUUUAGUUUUGUUUUGUUCAAGGUUAUUCCUUUUUUUUUUCGUCGUCUUUAAGUUUGUCUCCUUUUAUUAGUUGUAUGCGAUUAUCUUUCACAAUAGUAAAUAAAGUUUUGUUUGAUU